UGUCAGAUCCAAAAUGUCGUCCCGCUGGAGCCGCUGGUUCCGCUCGUCUCUUUGGACUUUGUUCUUUUACGGACUUUAUUGUCACCUGAGGCUGGUUCUGGCGGAGGAGGCGGACAGCUGCGAGUCUCUGCGCCUCGGACAGUAUUUGUGUAACGAACCAAAGAUCGAUGAAGCCACUCAAGAACCAGAGAACUGCAGGGACAUGACGGCCUGGGUGGAGUGUCGUCCAGCUCCGAACGUCACGUGUCGUCUGUCGAACGGGACCGAGUUCAGGUUCAGCGGAGAAGAAGUCGGAUUCAACAAAACCAUCCCCUGUCGGAACGUGAGCGGAUACUCGUACAAAGUGGCCGUGGCUCUGUCUCUGUUUCUGGGCUGGUUGGGGGCAGACAGAUUCUACCUGGGAUACCCGGCUCUGGGUCUGUUGAAGUUCUGCACUGUGGGCUUCUGUGGCAUCGGGACGCUCAUAGACUUUAUCCUCAUCGCCAUGCAGAUGGUCGGCCCGGCGGACGGUUCUCAUUACAUCGUGGAUUAUUACGGCGCUCGUCUGACGCGUUUGUCCAUCACCAACGAGACGUACAGGAAACCUCACCUGUCUCUGUGACGCACCUGCCGCACCUGCACUCUGCACCUGACGUUCAUUCUUCUGGACUUCAGUCGAGCUUCUCUCCAUCUUCCUCUUCUUUGGUCAGACGUGGGUUUAUGUAAAAGUUGCCGCUGUCGUCUUCUUCUGUUUUGUCUCUUUUGUAAAAUACACCGUUGCUUCUCAUGUAUUUAUUUAAUUUUUUUGUAAAUACAGUUUUAUUUUGUAAAUAAGCAUCAGUUUUUGUUUCUUAAAUGUGAAUAUGUAAAAAAUAAACUGUAAACACAUCAAA